ACUUAUAUUGAUAAGGUUCUUACAAGGUUCAACAUGGAAAACUCGAAGAGAGGUUUCGUUCCCAUGUCACAUGGCAUAUCGCUUAGCAAGAGUCAGUGCCCGACUGAGCCUGAUGAGUUAAAGCGAAUGAGUAGCAUUCCUUAUGCUUCGGCUAUAGGGUCUAUUAUGUAUGCCAUGAUAAGUACUCGACCUGAUGUUGCAUAUGCCUUGAGCAUGUGUAGCAGGUUCCAAGCAAAUCCAGGAGAAGCACACUGGACUGCAGCUAAGAGCAUCCUUAAGUACUUAAGGAGGACUAAAGGCAUGUUCUUAGUAUAUGGGGGACAAAGUGAGUUGGUUGUUGAAGGUUACACGGAUGCAAGCUUCCAAACCGACAGAGAUGACUACCGCUCUCAGUCAGGGUAUGUCUUUCGUCUGAAUGGAGGAGCAGUGAGCUGGAAGAGCUCAAAGCAAAGCACUGUAGCAGACUCUACGACAGAAUCAGAAUAUUUAGCAGCAGUUGAAGCAGCUAAGGAAGCAGUUUGGAUAAAGAAAUUCUUGACAGAGCUGGAUAUCGUACCUAGUGUUCUGGAAGGAAUUGAGUUGUUUUGUGACAACAAUGGUGCUAUUGCGCAAGCAAAAGAGCCAAGGUCACAUAACAAGUCCAAGCAUGUGAUGAGGAAGUAUCACCUCAUUCGAGAGAUAGUUGACAGGAAGGAUGUCAGAAUCUGCAAAGUUCAUACGGAUGAGAACGUGGCUGAUCCGCUAACGACUUUCGGGAGUUAG